AAGCGUGGUUUCUGCCAACAGCUGUUUGCUUGUCAAUUUCCAUUUACAAAGCGAAACAUAAUUACAGCUCGUUUCAACUACAGGAUUCGUAAAGAUCACAGGGUGCCUCGAGGAUACAAAAAUGUUUAAAUUUAAUUUUGAAGUGGAGGCGGACACAUCUGAAGAUCCAGAGGCCGUUAAAAGUCCCAUUUUUAGUAAUGAAGGCAAUUUCGAACCGGAAUCAGAAAACACAAAGAAUAUAGAUUGGUAUCAGGCAGAGAAAGUAAAGCCAAUAGAUAACCUAAUAUCAACCCUGGACUUCUACGAGUUGAAUGCAAAGGAAAUGAAUGUGGGAAACACAAAAAUUCGACACCUUGUAGCCGGUUUUCUGCUGGACGAUAUAAAAGCCCAAACGCACUUGGAAAACCUCGAUAUCAGAAAGUCUGAAGAAAACCAUUCGGAUCUAAUAGCCGGGGUCUACGAGGGAGGUGCUAAGAUAUGGGAAUGCACAGAAAGUCUUUUACUGUAUCUGUCCGAAAAACAAGAAGACUCCUUCUGGAAAGAUAAAAGAGUCCUGGAUUUGGGUUGUGGUUCCGGAUUACUGGGGAUAUACGCCAUGAAACACGGAGCACGAGUCGAUUUUCAGGACUACAACAAAGAUGUUUUGGAAUACAUCACAUAUCCAAAUGUCCUGCUAAAUGUAGACGAGUCGCUCACUGACGAUGGAAAGUUGGAAUUUUUGGACAAACAUACAUCCUUAUAUGCUGGGGAUUGGGCUCAUUUCACUCAACUUACGAAGGAAGUAGAGAAAUACGAUCUAAUACUUACCUCAGAGACAAUUUACAAUAUUGAAAAUCAGCAAAAACUGUUGGAGACCUUUGCUGGUCGCCUUAAACCGGAUGGAAUCGUUUUGGUCGCUGCCAAAUCUCAUUAUUUUGGAGUCGGAGGUGGCCUGGAACAAUUUUCGGAAAAGAUAAAGCUGGAAAAUGUGUUUCGAUGUGAAAAUGUCUGGCAGGCAGACGAUAACUUGAAAAGAGGAAUUUUACAAUUAAAAUUUAAAUAGUUUUAUUUGUUGAAUUUAUUGAGGCUUUUUAUACCCUUACUCGUAGA